AUGAUCUGGUUUCUUUUCUUCGUCUUGCUAAUAGGCAGCGCGGGUGCAGCGGGCACCUCUAAUAAUUUCAUAUUCCCCUCAAACCUCACAACUCUCAACGCUUCUCACGUCGUCGAAGGAUCGUACGAAGUAGGCAGUACAGUCGACUUGCGAUGGGAUACAAUCUGGGAUAUGGUCACCAUUGUCAUUUGGCAAAAUGGAAAGCCACCUUAUCAAUACCUCCCUAAUUCUGUCCAAAUACCCAAUCUGGUAACUUCAUACACAUGGAUUAUUGAUAUCAGUGGCACGAACGGUAAUCCAGGAUUCGACCUUAACAACGGAUCGACAUUUUACUUCAUAAUUACGCAUACUGGAACCCCUGACUUAUUCGCAAGUCAGUCGAUUAAUAUUACAAAUAAGGCUAUCAGUUCGCCUGCUCCUUCUUCUUCUUUGGCAACCGAGACAACAAGUACUGCGAGUAUUUCGACAACUGCUUCGAGCACAUCUUCUCCAGCUACUUCUCCAGCCACAACAUCAAGUGAAUUGAGCACGGGUGCGAAAGUGGGUAUAGGAGUGGGCGUGACCCUGGGUGCGGUGGCCAUCAUCGCAGCAUUCGCGCUAGGAUAUUUUCUUCGACAACCUCCGAAAUCUCCAAGUACUCAUACCAUGAAUACGAAACCGGGAAAUGAGUCGGCGGAGCCGAAACCAUUUGUAUGGCAACCUCCACAGGAAUUGUCAUCGAAUGCCCCGCGCCCGAAGCCUCAGGGUCUGAUUUUUGAGAUUCAGGGGUAG